AUCAUUCCCUCAAUCUUAAACACACACACACAUAUACAUUCGCACAUCUAUAUCUAUAUAUCAUGUGUUCCAAAUCUAACUCACUCUAUCAAUCUUCAUUCCCAUAACACACUCACACCUAUCACACAUGAUUCUUAAGAUCAAUUUUCACAUAUAGGUUCACCCUGGUUAGCUUCAUAUAAAUACAUAUUUCUAUAUGUAUACAUUCACAAUCAACUUAACUCAAAUCUUGAUCACUACCCAUUUCAUUUCCUUGCAUUAGUCUUUAUAAAAAUCAAAUCUUUCUGAAUUUUAAUCAUGGAAUCCCCAAAGGGUCCAAGCCCUAGACACAACACAACCAUAGAUGUUCAUGAAUCUGAUGAAAUUGUUACUAGAUCAGAUCAUGUUUUUCAAUCCACAAGUGCAUUGGAAAUCUUGAGAGAAACUGUGAGGAUUUUAAGGUAUAAUUUGAGUGGAUUCAUGGCUAUUGGUUCUGUUUUAAUUUGCCCUGUUUCAGCUGUUUUGUUAUCUAAUGUUUUAGUUGAUCAAACUAUUGUUAAAAGACUUGCUAUUAGGUUGUUAUUAUUAGCUAAAUCUUGUGGGCUUCCUUUAAGGCCUUAUAUAGAACAUUCUUGCCUUAAGUUUUCGGAAGCUGUGGUUUCGACUGUAAUGUGUUUCCCUUUGUAUAUCACAUUGUUGUUGAUUUCAAAAGCUGCUGUUGUUUACUCUGUUGAUUGUACUUAUUCACGAAAAAUGUUUGAUUCGUCCAAGUUUUAUGUGAUUAUGAGAAAGAUUUGGAAGCGAAUCUUGUCAACGUAUUUGUUAGUUUGCACUGUGAUAAUUGGUAGUUUAACGUUGUUUCUAGUCCUACUCGCGGGUGUUAGUAGUUUAUUUUUAGUAAUUGGGUUGUCAGCUGAUAUGAUUGUGUAUGCUGCAAUCAUAUUCGGGUUGGCUUUCUCAGUGUUCUUUGCAAAUGCUGUCAUUAUAUGUGAUCUUUCUAUGGUGAUUUCGGUGUUGGAAGAUGUAUCUGGCUCUGAAGCGUUGUUGAGAUCUACUGUUCUGAUUAGGGGUCAGACGCAAGUUGGGUUAAUGAUAUUCCUUGGUUCCACGAUUGGGAUGGCGUUCAUUGAGGGAUUAUUUGAGCAUCGUGUGAAAACUUUGAGUUAUGGAGAUGGGUCCUCGAGGAUAUGGGAAGGACCACUUUUGGUAGCCAUGUAUAGUUUUGUGGUGCUCAUUGAUUUCAUGAUGAGUACGGUUUUCUACUUCAGUUGCAAGUCUUACAGUUUGGAAAACGCCUCUAAUAUAGAGUGUCAAUCAGUGUUAGAGUCGUUGACUGCUUCACCUGCAGUUUCACCUAUGGCUCCAGAUGCUCAAUAGCAUUUUGGGAAAAUUGAAGCAUUUAGUAAACUUUAUGAUUAUACAGAGAAUACAUCGAAGGCCAUAUCAAGUUACUAGCUUUAGAAGCACAUUUUUGUGCUAAUGGAUGUGAGUGAUGACAUAUUGUAUUCAAAAGCCUGGUAAUGUCAAUCUUUGAUGAGAAAAUGUUACUUUAGGUGGUUUUUGUUUCGAGCUAGAUUUAGAUACAUUAUUUCUUUUUGUUGUGGUAUAAAAAAAUGAUGCAGAAUUACACGAUAUCUAUUUUGAACUUGGUGUGGUGUACAAUCUGUUGCAGAGUUGAGGCCAUAAAUUAAUAGAUAGAUACAAUCAUACAAACUUCCUUUUCUUGUAGAAAUUUUGACAUUCAGAAGUUGUAAUUUCACAAUUUGUGAUGUGAAAUA